CGGCAUGGACCCCCUAGAGAGCGAGAGCCCGACCCAGAAAGCUUCACAGGGAUGCAGUUCUGAUCAGAAGGCAGCUGUUGAGCUGAAGCAGCUCUGUCAACAUUGCUUCCAUUCAGAUCUUGCCCAGGCUGCUGAGUUCAAAAUAACCAUGUCUCUGGGGCACUUAGCCAAGGGAGCCAGCCUAGAUGACCUUAUUGAUACUUGCAUUCAUUCAUUUGAUUCAGAAGGAAAUCUAUGUAAAAAUUACCAGCUGGUGAAGGUAACAUUGACCAUGCACAGAUUUAUCAUCCCCUCCACUGAGAUGCUGCAAAAAUUGACUGAUCUAUACCUGGAUGCUUUGGGAAACAAUUCUUCUUUGAUUUGUCAUAAGAUAUGCUACCUUGUCAGGUACUGGAUAACAGAGUUCUGGAUCAUGUUCAAAACAGAUUCUAAUCUUACUAAUGCUGUGGAGGAAUUUCAAGAAUUGGUGAGAGGUAAUGGUGAGGAGUUACACUGUCGCCUAAUUGAUACAUCUCAAAUAAAUGCUCGUGAUUGGUCUAGAAAGAUCACCCAGCGUAUAAAAUCCAACACCAGCAAGAAACGAAAAGUCUCACUUCUCUUUGAUCACUUGGAACCAGAGGAGUUAUCAGACCAUCUCACAUACCUUGAAUUCAAGUCCUUUCGGCGAAUAUCAUUACCAGAUUACCAGAACUAUAUUAUGAAUGGCUGUGUGAAGGAAAAUCCAACAAUGGAACGUUCAGUUGCUCUUUGUAAUGGUGUAUCUCAGUGGGUCCAACUAAUGGUACUGAAUAGACCAACACCACAGCUUCGAUCUGAAGUAUUCAUCAAAUUUAUUCGUGUGGCCCAGAAACUUCAUCAGCUGCAAAAUUUUAAUACUUUAAUGGCUGUAAUAGGUGGUCUCUGCCAUAGUGCCAUAUCUAGACUUAAAGAAACUGGUUCUCAUGUUCCACAUGACAUCCAUAAGGUAUUCAAUGAAAUGACAGAACUACUGGCAUCUUAUAGGAAUUAUGAUAAUUAUCGGCGUGCCUAUAAUGAGUGCAGUAACUUUAAAAUCCCUAUCCUUGGAGUACAUCUGAAAGACUUGAUCUCUCUUUAUGAAGCUAUGCCAGAUUACUUGGAAGACAAAAAAAUUAAUAUUCAUAAAUUAUAUUCUUUAUACAAUCAUGUCAAUGAACUGUUACAACUACAGGAAAUGGCACCUCCCUUGGAGGCCAACAAAGAUCUCGUUCAUCUCCUCACACUAUCUCUUGACCUUUAUUAUACUGAAGAUGAAAUUUAUGAACUUUCCUAUGCUCGAGAGCCAAGAAGUCACCGGGCUGCACCUUUGACACCUUCCAAACCACCAGUAGUAGCAGACUGGGCUUCUGGUAUAGCUCCAAAACCCGAUCCAAAAAUAAUUAGCAAACAUGUUCAGAGAAUGGUUGAUUCUGUCUUCAAAAAUUAUGACCAUGACCAGGAUGGUUACAUUUGUCAGGAAGAAUUUGAGAAGAUUGCAGCAAGCUUUCCUUUCUCUUUUUGUAUAAUGGAUAAGGACAGGGAAGGCCUGAUUAGCAGGGAUGAAAUAACAGCUUACUUUAUGAGAGCCAGCUCAAUUUACUCUAAAUUAGGCCUCGGCUUUUCCCACAACUUCCAGGAGACCACUUACCUAAAGCCCACAUUCUGUGACAACUGUGCUGGAUUUCUUUGGGGAGUUAUUAAACAAGGAUAUAGGUGUAAAGAUUGUGGGAUGAACUGUCACAAGCAGUGCAAAGAUUUGGUUGUAUUUGAAUGUAAGCGAAGAUCCAAAGCCACACCAGUGGAUAAUAGCCCUGCAUCAGCCCUUGCAUCUAGCCUCUGUCCCAUGGGGCUGAAGGAGCACAUCCACGGAUUGGAGGAGGGAGGGUUUCCCUUUCCUAAUGGAGAAAUAGUUGAGCACAAUGAAGACAGCAAGGACAGAACAAUUAUGCUUAUGGGUGUGUCGGCUCAAAAGAUAUCAGUAAGACUAAAGCCAGCUAUGGUACACAAAGGCACACAGACGGACCUAGUUCUGGCAUCUGGUGAUGGGCUCAACAGACAACAGAAGGAGCCAGCAGCACCGCCUGAAAAUACUUUUCUCCAGCCUUCUCCAGUGUCUCCGUGCCCAAGCCCAGUUCUUAGCCGUAAAAAGGCUUAUGUAAAGUGGGAAAACAAGGAAGGCAGUAAAAAAAUUAAGGAAGAGCCAUUUAUUCUUAAACCUUCAUACCAGGAGCUAGAACAGGAAAGAAACAUUUUAACAGCUGACAAUGAGGCUUUGAAGUUGAAGCUUAAACAGGCACACAAGAAAAUAGAACUUCUCAGCAUUCAAAGAAACCACAUACUGGAUAGCAGGGAACAUGAAGACUGCUUGUAGCUAACAAGCCAAGGGGCUCUCCUGUAGAAGGUUGAAAGAAAGAAAGAAGCCUUUUAAUUUUAGAAAGGCUGAUGUGCUAGAGCAUAUGCAAAGCGGCAGAAGGAUUUUAAACAGAUACUCAUGCUAUCCUAUUCUGUGUAUUAAUGAUAAUCAUGGAUAUAUGCAUGUCCUUUUAGAUAGUUUGCCUUUAAUUUGGCUCUAACAAUAUAGUUUAGAAUUCCUUUAAAGUAGGCACAGCUGUUCUCUUCAUAGCAGAUUUCGUUGCCAAAGAAGAAUGCCUGAAGUUCCAACUCCCCAGACACCUCCAUUUCUAGAACCGGAAGUCUGCUGUCAUCUUGCGCAUAAUUUCUUGGUAAAGGAAUAAAUAUUGACCACUUGUGUUUUAAAAAAUACAUUGUGGAAACAACUACUAAAAGAGCACAGAUCUGAAAAUGAAGUAACACUGUACAAUGUGGAGUAAAAUACUGGUUUACAAAACAAUCGGUUCAAAGUCUUCACAAUAUUCUUUCAAAAUGUAUAUCUUCAACAAUGUAACCAUAAGACAAAAUCCAGUAAAGUCAAAUCCCAUACAUUUUAAUUGGGCAGAGUUCAGCAUGUGACUAACAGGGUGUCUGAAAUGGGGUAUCCCAUAUCCCCAGGCGCAUGCUGUUUUGUCACAUGGGUGGGUGCCGGGAAACCCCCCCCCCCCACAUAACAAAAUGGCAUGCGCCUCAUCCACCAGUUGCCGAGCCCUGCCCCUCUCCUGGCCUCCCUGCAGGUCAGCUCCUGCCCUCCCCAGGCCCUGAGGAGGGCAGAAGCUGGCCUGCAGGGAGGCUGGGAAGGCGGGGCGUCGUGGUGCAGGCCAGCCCAGGAGCCAGCCUGCUGUGGCAGCGACCAUCCAAGCCCCACCCUCCCCUGGUCUCCCUGGUGCCAGUAAGUAAAGCGCGGUAGGGGCGCAGGGAGCCGGGUGGUGGUGGUGGGGAACCAGUCAUGCUCCCGGGUGCAAUUUAGCCUUGGUACGGCACUGAUUGUACUACCCUUGUAGAAAUAUAGCGUGCUAUAUGUAGCAUUGUACAUUGACUUUUCCAUACCGAAGCUCAGGCAUAUUUCUCUCCCACUCAUUUUUGUGGCACUUGGAAAUGUCUAAUCCUUGACUGGAUUAUGUCCAUAAUCCUAACGGGGGAAAAUGCAUUUUGUUGCCUUGAGAUCUUUCCCAUGAGUUAGAUUCCUAAGUAUGAAUAGUAAUAUUUAGAAUGUGUUGAGUGCAUUCAGUGUUCAAAGUGUUUUGCCUUUAUUAUCAUACAGCUAGGCCAGUAUUAUUGUCAUAUGGUUGACUGGAGACUCAGUUUGAACAAAACUGCUUGCCUAAGGCCAUCUAAAGAGUUUGUGGCAGAGUUGACAUUUGAACCAGUGACCAGCAUUACUGCCAGUGUGCUAUGCAAAAUCCCAUAUUCAGAUUUGGGACACAGGUCACAACAGUAGUUUCUGGACAAAUUGUACCUUUAUACAUUUUUAUUCAUUCAGAUAGAGAUUCUUCUCACUUAGAAACUGGAAGUUGACUCUAGGAUCAUAUUUUUCUUUUGGCUCCCUUAGACUCCUUCUGCACACGCAGAAUAAUUCACUUUCAAUCCACUUUCACAAUGGUUUGCAAGUGGAUUUUGCUAUUCUGCACAGUAAAAUCCAGCUGCAAAGUGGCUUGAAAGUGGCUUGAAAGUGCAUUACUCUGUAAGUGUGGAAGGGGCCAUAGUAUGUAAGGGAAUAUUACAUUCUAAUUGCAGAAUUGCUUCAUUGAGGCAUUCACCAUGGUGACCCAUGGGGGAAAUGAGCUGGGAAACCGGUGCAUUUCUGUUUCUUCCCUGGUCAUAUUCCAAAUUGCCAGUCAAAAAUCAACUUAGCUUCUUAGUUUCUGAAUAGCAUUUCUGCAAUGAAUUCAAGCAAAUGAUAGUUAUAAAUUGUGCUAUUCAUGUAGACAAAUUCUAGUGACAUCCAUUUCAUUGGAUGGAUGUAGCUAAAACAUUGCCAUGUGUUCUUGUAAACCACUUGGAACUUCCAGGAAAAGUGGCAUAGAAAUAUUUUAAAUAAAUAAGGGUGAUAUAAAAAUUAACACUAAUUUAAUGGACUGCUGUGAAUUUAGCAAUGCAUUAGUUAUUUGGACAAGUAGCAUUCAAAAUGGCAAAAAGGUGAUUCUAGAUUUGGUUGUGAAAAUCACUUGGGUAUGCACAAUCUAUCUGUGGAUAUUUAUAUCCAGAGAUUGGAGCCAUGAACAGGCAAGAUAGAUGUUUUUACAAACCUGGAAAAAGUACUAGGUUCACACAAAAAAAUCUGAAAUCUAAAAACAAAAUAGAAAGCAGUAGCGGUAUCUUUAAGAAAUGAAUGCCCUCUGUAUUGCCAGUCAGGGAAGAAGGAGAGGAUAUAAGGGCUGCUGGGAGGAGGGAAAGAAGAAAUAGGAAGGGGAUACAGGUCCCCCACUUGUAUUUAUAAUUGUAUUAGGACUGACUGAAUACACUAUGGCAGUAUUUAUGAUCUUAAGUAGCUUAUGUUAUUUAUUUGCAACCUCUGUUUAAACCUCUGCCUUCGAACAAAUUUCAUAAUUUAUUUUUAAAGAGCAAAAUAUUUGCUCUUUUAUAGUGGUAUUUGAACUUUGUGUUCCAGCAUUUGUAUGUAUAUUCUGUUUGGAGUAAUUUGGUGUUAAUAAAUUACUUUGUACUUUCAUUUGUAAAAAGUCCAUUCUGAAUCUACUUGUAAGAUUCUGUUUUCAAGUUUUCUUCUUACGAAACUGGCUGCUAUUUCAGUUAACUUUGAUAGAUUAUUAACUUGUAACUAUACUUUAUUGAGUGUAAAUAACUGUAUAAUAUUUAAUCAUGCAUGAUUUUCUAAAGCACUUGUGACCAAAGUAAACAUUAUUAAUACACAAAAGGUGGCUAAUCUCA